AUGGCAAUCAGUGCCUCUCCUGAACAGAGUCAAGAUCACUGCCCAGCUGUCAACAGCAGCUUCCCACUGAUGCAGGGCAACCUCCCCACCCUGACCUUAUCCGGAAAGAUCCGAGCGACGGUGACUUUCCUCCUUUUACUACUCUCCACAGCCUUUAACACUUCUUUCUUGUUGAAACUUCAGAGAUGGACUCAGAAGAAAGAGAAAGGGAAAAAGCUCUCGAGAAUGAAGGUGCUUUUAAAACAUCUGACCUUAGCCAACUUAUUGGAGACUCUAAUUGUCAUGCCACUGGACGGAAUGUGGAACAUUACAGUCCAAUGGUAUGGUGGAGAAUUCCUCUGCAAAGUCCUCAGCUAUCUGAAGCUCUUCUCCAUGUACGCCCCUGCCUUCAUGAUGGUGGUGAUCAGCCUAGAUCGUUCCCUGGCCAUCACAAGGCCCCUCGCUGUGAAAAGAAACAGCAAAAUAGGACAAUCCAUGAUUGGCCUGGCCUGGAUCCUCAGUGGUAUCUUUGCUGGACCACAGUUAUACAUCUUCAGGAUGAUCCAUCUAGCAGAUGGCUCUGGACAGGCAGUUGUCUUUUCUCAAUGUGUAACACACUGCAGUUUUCCACAAUGGUGGCAUCAAGCCUUUUAUAACUUUUUCACCUUCAGUUUCCUCUUCAUCAUUCCCCUUCUCAUCACGUUGAUCUGCAAUGCAAAAAUCAUCUUCACCCUGACACGAGUUCUUCAUCAGGAUCCACACAAACUACAGUUGAAUCAAUCCAAGAACAAUAUACCAAGAGCACGACUGAGGACCCUAAAGAUGACGGUUGCAUUUGCCACUUCAUUUACUGUCUGCUGGACUCCAUACUAUGUCCUAGGAAUUUGGUACUGGUUUGACCCUGAAAUGUUAAACAGGGUAUCUGACCCAGUAAAUCACUUCUUCUUUCUCUUUGCUUUUUUAAAUCCAUGCUUUGAUCCACUUAUAUAUGGAUAUUUCUCUCUGUAG